AGUCGUCGAUGAGUUUCAAGAUGCCCUCGCUGUCGGCGACACUCGUUCCGGAUCUCUGCAUAUAUUCUUCAUUCAGCGCAUGAGACAACCGAUUACUUUGAGAUUUCCACAUGCUCGCAGUACAAGGACUUCGACGACAUGACUUUACUAGACGCUGACGCUUUGUGCGUUGCUUGGGCGCUGCAAAAGACCAAACCGUGGCACCCCUUGCUGGUCUGCUCGCAUCGCAACUUACUAUACAUCUUCGACGUCAAAGCGCAAAAAUUCGUGGGUUGUCUACGUGGACACGGCGGCGAAAUUACGUCCAUCACUGUCCGCCCAGACCAGCCUCAUAUAUUCUGCUCUACGUCAAGGGACUUCACUGCGAGGAUAUACGACUUAACGCUGCGACCUCAACAAGAGCCUGCGAACGUCCACUGGCCACCUUAUGAGGACCCAAAUAAAGCGGGGCCGGCGUUUGGCCUACACAUGACGGACAACGAGGGUCCAGCGGAUGGGAUUGGUCGGUGUAUAGCGGUGACGGGUGCGCAGAGGUCGGGAGGGCAUCGGGCUGCUGUGUUGCAUGCGGCGUGGCAUCCCGACCUUCCGGUACUGGCGACCUGCGGUAUCGACCGCUGCGCCAAGCUCUGGUAUAUCCCACCGUGCAAAGACGGUAUGAGAAUACGACGUCUGGAUCAGCCGAUAUUCUCCACUUCGAUGCUGCAUACCGGACGAGUUAUGUCCAUAGCCUGGCUCAGUCGCGACGUCCUUCUCACACACGGCGGACCUGCCCUCUUUCGCAGAGAAGACGAGGACGAGAACGAGCAAGAACCAACUCAGACGCAAGCACAGACGCAGUUGCAAGAGGGUACGAAGGAAAUCGAAUACGACUACGACACCAUGCCGGGCGACUUCAAGCUCUGGCAGUGGCUGUCGAUCGACAGGUUCUUUCCGCCGAUGUACUUCCAGCACGAGCCGCCGGAGAGGAUGGUGGUGCCGGCGACGGAUUAUCGAGAGAGUGCCUCCUUCCGCAUCCUCGCCACCCGCCCCUUCGUCGACGGCCCCGAGCACGUCUGGCAAGGUCACAGGGCGCAUGUCUUCACUCUACAUGAUGCAUCUCCUUCACCUCCGCAAGCCUCGUACCAAUCUAAUUCCCAAUCCUCGUACCGAUCCACAUCCCAAACCGCGCCCCGCUCCGCCUGGCUCGCCUUCCACCUCCUCCCGGGCGCCUCCUCCGUGCAGUUCUUCAACCCCGCGCACAUGGACGUGUUCGAGGUCGAGCCGCUGGAGUGGGUGCGGGAGGACGCGGAGGUGGCGGAGUUGGCGGCGAAGCGGUUGAGGAUUGGGGAUGAGGUUGGUCGAAGCAAUGGCGAGAGUACUCAGGCAGGUCCUAGCACUGGUGCUCGGGAAGGAGGGAAGGGCGGAAGCGGGACUGCGAACGCAGCAGCAGGAGAGGAAGUCCCCGACUCCCAGCCCAAUCCACCGCCGACGUGGGAAGUGAGGUUGCAGGCGAAUGGGGUGGGGGAGGAGAAGGCGGCCGCGUGCGCGAUGGGGAUGGGAGGGCAGGCGCUGGCGGUGGUGAGCGACGUGGGAAGUGUGUGGAUAUGGAGAAGGAGGGAGCGAUAGGCAGGGGGUCGUUGUUUUCUUCUUGGUUCAACCCAGUGUCCGGCUUGCACACCCAACUUGGAAAGCUUCAGUCUUCAGAACCCUCAGCAUAGCUUCGACAUCGUCAAAUCACAAGUCUUCCAUAUAUAUACGAACACCGAUGCAUUGUCCAGCAAUCUAUCAGCU